UGGGUUGGAGGGUGGCGAUGCGGCGUCGCGACGCGACUGUCAGUAUGGCUUCCGACGCUGUCCGAGGAUGAGCCGUCUGCUCGUCUGGCAGGACAUGCCUCGUCACCUGCAGUUCAACCCUUACAUCCACACUGGCUACCGACCAAUCCUCUCCGUCUGGGGCAGCAUCCACAGCCUCUUCUACAUGCACAAUGAGACCAUCAACAUUGUCACACACGGAUUGCCAAUUGUAUACAUCUUGACUGUUGUGCCAAAACUGAUGCCAUGGGAGUCCAGUGAGUUCCUCUCCUGGUGCCACAUUGCUGGCAGUGUGUCACCUUGGAUCGGGAGCUUCAUAUACCACCUAUUCAUGAACCUACACUUGGGCGAAGCUUGUUACUACAGGCUGCUUCAGCUUGAUAUGCUGGGAAUAUGGAUUAGCCAAAGUUUUGGUGCUUUACCCAUGGUUCGAGCAUCAGUGUACUGUUUGCCUUAUUUUCUGCAAUGGCUAAUCGUUGCAAGUUAUGCAGGUGGCUCUAUUCUUGGCCUGUUCAAGGCAAUGAAUGCAUGGUCUCCAUGGAAGAGAAGACUGUGUUUUGCGAUGCCGUUCCUCAUGCGAGCAUUACUCUGUGUUUUAAGAUAUUCUCCCUACGGAGGUGGUCACCCUGACUCUUUCUUUCAUUGUAUCAUGCAGGAUGUGCUCUCACUGGUGGGCGGGGCUAUAGGAGCCUUACGGGUGCCUGAGAAAUGGUUCCCUGGACGUCUAGACCUAUACUGUAACUCCCACAACAUCAUGCAUGUGCUUGUCGUCUGUGCCGUCUACUCCAUGUACCAGGCGACCGUGCGAGACCUGCAAUGGAUGGCUGAUGGCCAGUGUCCCCCCCUACCCCUCUCUACCGCCCCCACUAUCCACAGUGAACUGUGACCACAACAUCACUAGUUCUCCAAGUGCAAUACCCACUAGUGACAUAGGCUAGCAUCUAACUCUUACGUAUACCACACUUGUCUGUACAGUAACUCUAAGUCAAGCAUUUGUAAAUAAAUAUUUUAUUUUCUUAAAAUAUUGUUAAGACUUACCUAGUCGACAAAGAAGUUUUCUGUCCACUUGUUAUAUACAUUAAAUUAUUUGUUGUCUUAGAUACCUGCUUCUAGUAGUUAAUAAGAUGGCCUUAAAUUUAAUUUGUAAGGUUAACCAAUGCCACUUUAAGAGAUUGUAAUUUAUUUUCAACCGUACUUUCUGGUAUAUUUUGGGCAAUUUUCAUGAUAUUUACUUAACUCAACACAGCAGUUUUAAAUGUCUGUUCUGUAAUAAACAGGGACAUUUUAUAAUGGUAAUUUACCAAUAGAAAUUAAUUGUAAAAAUAAUGUCAGUGAUAACCAUCUUUUUGCCAAAGCUUAUGUGAAUAUGUUAGCUGCCAAUCUACACACUCUUAUACAUUAAUUUAUUGAUAUCAUUUAAGAUUACCAUUGAUGAGACCAAUACAUGUUUUUAUAGAUAUUUCUUGUAUAAAUACUCAUUUCUACAUUAUAAAUCAUUCAAUUUUUACAUACUGCGAGUUUAAAUAAAUGAAUACUAACAAAAUAAUAAUACAAUUUAUAAACAGAUAAAUAAAAUGUGAUACAAGUAUAUAAGUUUGGUGACUCAAGAAAAAAAGUACAAAGAUAAUGUGAUAACUUCUCAGAAAUAACAAUUGCUGCCCAAUAACAAACGAUAAAACAAGGAAACAUUAAGUUUUGUGAACUUGCAGUUAUUUUAUUUGAAAAAUACAAUUUUAUAGAAUCUCAAAAUAGUUGAAACAAAAAUAAAAUAUAUUUAAAAUUUUGUAAUUAACCUUCCAACUGGCUAUAUAAUAACUUCUGUACUGACAAGCCCAUUUUGGCCGAUUUAAAACAGUUUUUCUAAACUGUUAUAAAAUGUACAUGUUUUAGGCAAAAGUAAACUUAUUGUAUAUUUCUUAUUUUUGACUAAAUAUAUAGAAUUUUAAUAUUAGCUCUCAUACAAAAAUAUUUUUUUGCAAAAAGUAGGGAUUACUGAGUAAUUUUACGCUGUGCAAAUGCUGAGUGCAAAACCACAAAUGUUGAAUUCCCUGGCCAUGUACCAAAUUUUUGUUGAAAAAAGCAAAAUAACCUAAAGACAAAGAAUCUUUACCCAAUAAUAAAAUAUGAUAUACUGUGCAAAAAUAUAUAUGAUGUAUAUGAUAUACUGACAUUUAAAAAAGGGAGCAAACUGACCGAAAAUACUAUAGUUUGUUGAUAUAUCAAUAUAAAAUAUUCCUUUACAUACAAACACAACAGAUGGUUUAUCAUAGUAAUCCCAAAUUUCCGUUCUAUUUAGGUAAAAGCAAAUUCAAAAGUCAAUGGCUAAAAAAUAAAGAUAAAAAUGUUAAAUUUCAAAAGUAUAAAAAAGUGUAAUAAACAUUUUGUUGUAUUCAUGUUGGUAAAAUGUUUGUGCUAAUUCAAUACUUUUUUUAAAAAUAGUAUAGAAUGUAAACUUUAAAGAUAUAUAAUAUAGAGCAAAAAUUCUCUUUGGUUUGAUACUUGGAAAUAUAAGUAGUUUUCCCCUUCCCACAACUUUUCAAAUACUUCAGAAGUUGCUAAAGUUAAAGUGAUGAAGUUUAUCGGAAAUUUCAAUACCUGUUUGGUAUAGUUUAGUUCACUGUGAUCACGUAGAUAUCAUAUUGUCAGGGUCAACCCCGUUUGAUGGUUAAAUACAUCAUAAUCAUAAUCAUAGAAGAGAUGACACAACAACUCAAUAUGACUUGCUGGCCAGCAGGGAGGUUAAAAAAUAGACCAAUCUAUGAAAUUAAAAACCUUUACUAACUACAGAUAGCCAGCUGACAGUUGAUGACUCACUAUUCUUUGAUGCUGUUUCCUAGACAGUGUUGUAUACUUAAUCAACAUAUCCCCUGAUUGUUGCAUUUUGUUGAGUAGAUUGGUAUUUGGUUACUAUUUAAAUAAAGCCUGCAAUUUAUCUUGAAAAUUCAUCUGUUAUAAUGUGCCUUCGAAACCAAUGACAAGAUAAGAUUGUUAAUGUGUACUGGUCAGUCAAACACUGUAAAAAUAACAGUUUACAAAUUAUUUAAAGGCAUUAUUUUCACUAAUACCUAAUAAGCAGCCAUAAAAAACUUAAUUUAAAUUGUAACAUGACAGAUCAUGGAAGAAAUCUAGAAAUCUAUGUAACAAAAUAAAUAGUUGUCAGAUGAAUCUCUGACAUCUUUUAAAUUAUAUAUAUAUAAUAUAUAU